UCUUCUCGGCUUCUCCACCAGUACUAGUACUGACUGUGUUUGAGAAGGGGGAAGAGAAAAGGUCGUGUCUUUAUGUUUUUGUUUUGAGUUUUCAAUUAAGGGGUUUUGAGUAAGCAAGCAUACUAGUAAAAUCCAGAGAUGGAGAGCAAAUGGUGGAAUUCAUUAGAAAAGACUGUAAAGUAGAAGUCUCUUUGGAAGAAAACGAAAGGUUUAAAGGUUCUUACUACUACAAAGCGCUGGAGGAGGAUGGCAAGUAUUUGGUUUACUUCGAUUCCCGACCUGACGUUAUCCAGUUCGAGAAAAAGAAUUUGAGGGUUCAUCUUGAUUGGACCGGCUUCAAAUGGGUCCGACCUAAAAAUAAGGAAUUGGUCAAUUCUGUUUUUAGUUGCGGGACAAUGGUGGAACUGAGAGUUGAUUUUGCCUGGCAACCGGCAAUUAUCAUCAAGGAAUUGGAGAAUGACACGGGAUUUAUUGUUAAGUACGACUAUUAUAAAUCUCACUAUUAUAAAUCCUUCAGAUGCAUCGUUGGUUCUCGAAGUGUCAGGCCUCCGCAGCCUUCUUUUUCUGUUGGAGAGUAUGAUUUGUUGGAUCAUGUAGAGGCGUUUACUGGCUUUAGGUGGCGUGAAAGUGUGGUGAGGGGAAUUGUCUUUGAGGGACGGUACACGGUAAGUUUCGGGGAAUCACUCUAAUC